AUGUCGAUCGCCAGCCAUUACCAUGCGCAUAAGCCCAAUGUGCCCAUUAUUAUGGAAGAUGUGUUUGGAUGGGUCAAGGAAGGAAAUGCUUUUCAAGUCCGAGUAUGGCUUGACGAUUCAGAACACGAUCUGAAUAUUGGGUAGGAAGCCUUCUUUAAACAUUACGAUGGAUUUAGUGACGAUCACGCCUUUUCGCUUUUGCACUGGGCUUCCAAAGAAGGACAUCUCAGUAUAGUCGAUCUGUUACUGGCCAGAGGCGCCCGAGUCAAUGCUACAAAUAUGGGAGAUGACACCGCACUUCAUCUGGCUUCGGCCCAUGGACAUCGACAAAUUGUGGUCCGACUCAUUACUAAAAAGGCCGAUGUGAAUGCAGCUAAUGAGCACGGUAUGACACCAUUGCAUUACGCAGCAUUCUGGGGAUUCGAGCAGAUUUGCGAGGAUCUUAUUCGGGCAGGCGCAUACGUCAAUAUUUGCAACAAACGGAAUCUAACCCCUCUCGAUGUAUGUCAGCCACAGAUCCGACAAGCUGUAUACGGUAGGAUUAAAUUCUUAAAAUUUCUAACUUCAGAUGUACAGAAAUUGCUCUCGAAAAUGGACAAAACGCAAAUCAAAAGGUUCCAUUCAGAGACGAUGGAUGGAAGAAUACAAAGACACGAACCAGAGAAGCAACUCUCUCACGAUACACAGGAGUUGACAUUCAGAGUCUCGCUUUCCAGAAACCAAUUGCACAAUCUCAUUCCGGAACUUUGUAUCGAGGAAAAUGGCAGGACAAUGAUAUUGUGGCCAGAGUUCUUAACGUUGCCGAAGUAACCGCCAGAAUCUCCAGAGACUUCUCCACCGAAUUCCCAUCACUAAGGUAAAACAGAUUAAGCACACACAUACCCCUUGUAUAUCUUCAAAAGAACCUAAAACUUUCAGAAUCUUCGCAUGUCCCCAAAUUUGCCCACUCCUGGCCGCCGUCAACCAACCUCCUCAAUUAAUUCUAAUCAGCCAAUACAUGGAGUUUGGUUCCCUUUACAAUGUUCUUCAUGAGCAGACAAAUGUUGUCAUCGAUCAUACACAAGCUAUCAGAUUUGCCCUGGAUAUUGCCAAAGGAAUGAGUUUUCUGCACUCUCUGGGCUCUCCAAUUCUCAGGUACUACCUCAGCUCUAAGCACGUUGUAGUAGAUGGGGAAUUAAAUGCCAAAAUAAAUAUGGCUGACACCAAAUUCUCAUUCCAAGAAGUCGGCAGACUCUAUUCUCCAGCAUGGAUGAGUCCCGAGGGUAAGCGGUCACACAAAAACACAAUGAACUGAUUUCAGCACUACAACGGGCACCAGAAGAUCUAAACAUUCGUGCAGCUGAUAUGUGGAGCUUUGGUAUCCUUUUAUGGGAAUUAAAUACUCGAGAAGUCCCAUUCGCCGACCUAUCCCCGAUGGAAACUGGAAUGAAAAUAGCUCUAGAAGGCCUUCGAGUGAUGAUCCCGCCUGGGAUCUCAAGGAAUAUGUUCCGAUUGAUCAACAUUUGUCUGAACGAAGACCCGGGCCGUCGGCCCAACUUCGAUCAAAUCAUUCCAAUCCUCGAAAAGAUGGCCUGA